CAGUACAGGAGGUGGAGGAGGUCUCUACCCCACUGUGGGUACAGAGAGCCCCAGCCCCAUUGUGAUGAGCUUCGCCGCUAAAGUGGCGACUUCGGCCACAUAUGGCUCCAUCUUAGUUUCGGGACUGAUCGGGAACGUCCUGGUGAUCUGGGUCAUUGGGAUCUUAAAGAGUAAAGGCUGCAUACAGAGCUGCUUAAGGUGCCACAUGGUCAGCAUGGCUUGCUCAGACCUCCUCAUCCUAACCCUGGGCCUACCCAUUGAGUUGUAUAGCAUCAUCUGGUGCCCGUAUCCCUGGCCCAUUGGGAACGUUGGCUGCAAAGGUUUCUACUUCCUCUGGGAAGUAUGCAGCUACGCGACCAUCUUCAAUGUCUUGGCGUUUAGUUUGGAACGUUAUCUGGCUAUCUGUCACCCAGUGCAAGCCAAGGUCAUGGCAACAUCAAGAACCAAGAAGCUAAUUGGUAUGGUCUGGGGAAUAGCUAUUAUCACAGGGCUCCCUGCUGCUUUUGCAAUUGGUGUGGAAGAUGCUUGGAAGCCCUUCACAUCUGGAAGCCAACCCUUACCGCCCUUGUACAUCUGCACCAACAUUUCUGGACGAAAGGCCAUCUUUGAUCUGGUGAUUUAUGUCUCCUUUUCUCUCUACAUCCUCGUUCUCCUGCUCGUUGCCUUUACCUGCAGACAGAUGAUUAAAACCCUCCUCAAACACCGACCCGUACCUGUUGCACUUAACAGAAUAAACUCCACAGGAAGACUCCUGCCCACGUUUAAAGAGAUCAGGAGGCAAAAUGUGGUGCUGGUGGGAUGUAUCGUUGCAGCCUUGGCCAUUUGUUGGCUUCCAUUCCAAGCCCGGCGCAUAAUGACGGCAAUGAAAUCCAAAACCCAAUGGACAGAAUAUUACUACAGAUUAUAUCAGACCAUGCAGCCCAUUACCAACACUUUCUAUUACCUCAGCUCUGCAAUCAACCCUCUUCUUUACAACAUGACCUCGAAACAGUUCCGCAAGGUGUUUGUGCAAGUACUGAGAAGCUGCUGUCGGUCCAGCUCAGUCUCAUCAAAGCAGGAGAGGAACUCACAAUUAGAUUUGAAACAAAUGUCCACCUCAUUAAGUGGGAGGCAUCCUUAUCCAAGAUUGAAAGAUCUAAGAAAUCGUCUCUCUGACUAAUUCCGACUUUUUCUUUUGCAUGAGAUCUGAGUGAUCAAGAGGACGACGUCAUCACCUGCUUUCAAUUUUCCAUCUUUUGCCCGGUGUCCAUUCUCUGGCCCCGAUGCUGUACAGAAUCUCUUGUGCCCAAAAACAUGUGCUUCUGGCUUAGAAAUCAUUUUAGUUACCAAGGGAUUAAUCCUGAAGAAUCUACAAAACAAACUGCUCCCUCACAUCCCUGCUCCUCCCAAUAGGUCCGUAGUUAGAAGCUCCACCUACUGCAAUACUGAGACAAAACGACCAGAAGCUCCCAGUUUCCAGUAAUUAUUCUGGAAUGAGCUAGCUGAUAUUCAUAUCUGCUACUGUCUUAUUGUCUUAUUGGUUGAUGCUGCUUCCCCUGAGUUAAAAGGUCAUGGAUCCAAAUCCCACACCCACAUUUGUGCACAAACUGUGGGCUGGCAAUCCAGUGCAGUCCUGAGGCAGCGCUGCACUAUCAAAGGUGCAGUGCUUCAGAUGAGACAUAAAACUGAGGCUCUCCUUGCUCUCUAGGGCAGACAAAAUAUCCAAUGGAAAUUUUCAAAGAGCAGGGAGGUUCUUUCUUAUGUCUCAGCCAAUCCUCAUCCCUUAAUGAAAAUCACUUCUACGGGAGCUUGCUGUGCAAGGUGGCUGUUACAUUAGAGAUUACAUUUCAGAAGUACAGUAUUGAACUUGGCUGCAAAUUUAAGAUGUUCUGAGGUCAUGGAGGGUGAUGUAAAAAUGCAAGUUCUUUCUUUCUCAAACUAUGCAGCAGUAUGAUCCCCAACCCUGUGUUAGGUUGUGGAGCAGGCGAUUCCUGUUGGAACAUUGUGAGAGAAGUGAGCAGUGUUGUCUGAUGGCUUCCAUGAUCAUAGCACCUGAUACCCUUCAUUCAGCCACUUGGAAGAGGGGAGAAAGUUUGUACACUAUCCAUGUAAUUCUAUCAAUAGAGACUCUUCCAUUUUUGGAUGGGGUGAGGAGGGAAGGAAAAGCAUUGGUCAUGUAAUUGAAUUGAAUUGAAUUUAUUGUCAGAGUUAAGUAGCACAGAUAAGUAAAUAAUAGGUAAA